GGCGGGGCCGGCUCGGCGCUUCCCGCGGCAAAAGUGCGGCGGGCGCCAACUUCGGGCAAACUUUCCCCGCGCGCUGCCGGCACCGGCACCCCCGGACCCGGGACCCCCGGCAUCCCCGGACCCCUCUCCCCGCCAUGCCCCGCCGCGGCUGACACCGCCGCCAUGUACUCCCCGUACUGCCUCACCCAGGAUGAGUUCCACCCCUUCAUCGAGGCGCUGCUGCCCCACGUCCGGGCCUUCUCCUACACCUGGUUCAACCUGCAGGCCCGCAAGCGCAAGUACUUCAAGAAGCACGAGAAGCGGAUGUCGAAGGAGGAGGAGCGCGCCGUCAAGGACGAGCUGCUGGGCGAGAAGCCUGAGGUCAAGCAGAAGUGGGCCUCGCGCCUCCUGGCCAAGCUGCGCAAGGACAUCCGGCCCGAGUGCCGCGAGGACUUCGUGCUCUCCGUCACCGGCAAGAAGGCGCCCUGCUGCGUCCUCUCCAACCCUGACCAGAAGGGCAAGAUCCGCCGCAUCGACUGCCUGCGCCAGGCCGACAAGGUCUGGCGCCUGGACCUCGUGAUGGUCAUCCUCUUCAAGGGCGUCCCCCUGGAGAGCACCGAUGGUGAGCGCCUGGCCAAGGCGCCCCAGUGUGCCAGCCCCGGCCUCUGCGUCCAGCCCCACCACAUUGGCGUCACCAUCAAGGAGCUCGACCUCUACCUGGCCUACUUCGUCCACGCACCUGACUCCGGACAAUCCGACAGUUCAAACCCCCAGGGAGACGCGGACAUCAAACCACUGCCCAACGGGCACCUGACCUUCCAGGACUGCUUUGUGACGUCGGGUGUCUGGAACGUGACAGAGCUGGUGAGGGUGUCCCAGACCCCUGUGGCGACGGCGUCGGGCCCCAACUUCUCGCUGGCUGACCUGGAGAGCCCGGGGGGCUACUACAACAUCAGCCCCGUCGCCCUCGGCCGCCGGCCCCUGGGGCCCCCAGCUGCCAGCGGCCCAAAGCGCCCCAAGGCGCUGGAUGAGGGGGACCUGGAGGGUCCUGGGGACGACGUCUUCUACCCUGGGCCAGGGCGGUCCCCAGCCCCUGGCAGCAGCCAGGGGCCCUGGGGGGGGGACGUUGACACCGGCCCGGCGGCGCUGAAGAAGUCGGGGAAGUUGGAUUUCUGCAGCGCCCUCUCGGGGCACGGGGCUGCCCCCCGCAUGGCCUUCGGCCACCACCCCCUGCCUGUCCUGGCCGGCGUCCGCCCCGGCAGCCCGCGGGCCACAGCCUCGGCGCUGCACUUCCCGUCGGGGUCCCUCCUGCCCCAGUCGAGCCCCUACUUCGCCCACCCCACCAUCCGCUACCACCACGGGCAGGACUCGCUCAAGGACUUCGUCCAGUUCGUCUGCGCCGACGGCGCCGCCCAGGGCCCCCAGCCGUGCGGGGCGCAGGGCCGGGCCGGGGGGGCUGCGGGGGCCCCCCUGGCCCGGCCCUUGCCCCUGCCCCCGCCGGAGCCCAAAGCCCCCAGCGGCCCCCAGGGCGGAGCGCCCGCGGCACCCCCAUUCGCAGCGUCAGGCGCCGCCGCUGCCCCCCGCCUUGUCGGCCUCGGACCCCGCGACGGCAACUUUCUGACCCUCCCCCAGCAGCAGUCCUGGUUCCUCUGACGCUGCCCCCGGACGAGGAGAAACCGCCCGGAAAAAGGAGAAAAAAAGACAAAAAAAAGCCGCAGCCCCCCGGCCCCCCCGGCCCCCCCCCCCCGCCGCCGUCCGCCCCCGGGGGGGCCCCAACCCCCCCCCGACGUGGAUGAGGGUUCGGCCUCUCUGAUGUGUCCCCGCCCUGGGAUCCCCCAACCCCCCCCACCCCCAAGCCCCCAUACUCCCCCGGCACAGACAGGGUCACCCCGGGCCCCCGGGGGUGUUUGGCCCCCCCCCGCCCCAGCCGCAAUUCGGGGGGGGAUGGGGCCCCCGGGGGAGCACACGCGUGUGCACUCACACCACACCUGUGCACACCUGCGUGUGCACGCAACACGUUUGCACACACCUGCGCACGCGUGUGCACGCCUGGCACCGUGUGGUCACACUACACGCGCAAACGCGUCGGCCCCCCCCCCCCCAUGCUGUGUGCACCAUCACACGUGUGCACCCCCUGCCCCCGCACAUGCUUGUGCACUGGUCACCAGCACUCGCACACGCACCGCACAUGCGUGUGCCGGGGGGCCCCCUUGCUGCAGGCCAGCGAGUGGGGCCGGGGGGGCUCGAAACACCCUGAAUCCCCCGAAACACCCCCCCCCCCCCCCGGCUUUGGGGUCCCCCCCGACCCUCCUCCCCCAGCUCAUUUUUUUAAUUAAGUGCAAUUACCCCCGGGCGAGGCCCCCCCUCCCCCCCUUGGGGUCAAACUCCCACGUUUCGGGGUCCAACCCCACUUGGGGUCAAACCCCCCCCCCCCCGAGUUUGGGGUCAAACCCCUCUCCCCCCCGUUUUGGGUCAGACCCCCCCAUCUGGGGCCCAUCCCCCUUUUGGGGUUAACCCACCCCUUUUUGGUCCAAUCUCCCCAUUUGGGGUCAAACUACCCCAUUGUGGGUCCCCCUCCCUCUCUGGGGUUGAACCCCCCCAUGUUUAGGGUCAACCCCCCCCCCAUUUGAUGCCCACCCCCAGAGUGACACCCCCCCUUGGGGUCAAACUUCCCAUUCUGGGGUCAAACCCCCCCUUUCUGGGUCCCCCCCCCCCCCCCAGUUCUCCAAGUGCUUUUUUGGGGGAACCCCCCCCAAUUUUCCCUGAUUUUGCCCAUCGGGGUUCCCCCCCCCCCGGCAAUUUUGUGUUUUUUAUUAUCGUUUUUUGGGUAGUUUUGCUCCAGCCCCGCAUUCUGGGGGUCACCAGGGGCCCCAAUUCCUGACAUGGGGCCCAUGACCGGAGGGAGGGGGCAGCUGGGGGUGGGAUUUGGGGGCAUUUUGCUCAUUUUGGGGUUUUCUGCACCUUUGGCUGAUUUUGGUGUUGGGGGGAUGGGAUGGGGCCCCCCCUACCUUGGGGCAGUUUGGGGGGGUCCAGCCCCCCCCCGGCCCCCAGGUUUUGGGGUCAGAUGGACCAAAAUUGCAUUUGCCUUAGACCCCCCCCCGUGUGCCUUCCCCCCCCCAAUGGGCCCCCCAAAAUGGGGACAAUCAUUAGGGCCCCUGUUUUGGGGACCCCCACUCUGGGGUGAAUCCCCUCUUUGUGGCCCUCUCCCUUGGGUUUUUGGGACCCCCCGGGACCCCCACCAGCAGUGCCCCCCCGGGAAACAGGCCCCCCCCCCAAUUUUUGGGCUCACCCCAUUUUGGGGCCCCUGUUGGGGCCCCCCACCAGCAAUGGGGCCCCCAACAUUUGGGGACCCCCCACCAGCAAUGGGCCCCUCCCCGGGCAGUGGGAACUCCCCCCCACAGUUCUGGGUACCCCGGUUUCGGGACCCCCGUCCCCCCCCAAGCCCUGGGUGGGGGGUUGCGAUGUUGGGGGGCGUCGCUCUCGGGGCCCCCCUCACACCAGCGUUGCACAUUUGGGGACCCCCAGGUCGCCCCUCACCCCCGCACGUGGUAGUGACGUCAUUUCCCGUUGGGGUGGGUCGGCCCCUCCCCCCAGACCGAGGAGAAAAGGAAAAACCCCCCAGAGGUGCCGCCCGCGAGCGGGAAGGAGGAAAAAUCCGCGGAAAAGGGGCAAAAAGAUAAAAAAAAAAGGAAAUAAAGUGUCGUACCCGCCC